AUGCGAGUAGAGGAGGGAGAACACUAUCAUCCCAACGUCAAGAACUUCAGAUUUUCAUGCAAGCGAAAAGCUGAAGAUGAUCUUCGAGAAGGCAGUUCCAAGAGGGUAAAGAUGCUAGGCGAUCAGCCUUUUCCUUUAGUAGGGAAUGGUGAGAGUCAAUCUUCGCCAGUCCAGGAAUUUACUUCUAAGUAUUUCACUGAGGUCGCAAAACCGCUACCUUCGGAGAAUUUAAAGGAAUUACCUGAUGCAGUAGCGUCAGAUCAGAAAGAUCCCCUGGGUUGCAAAGACAUAUACAGUCUGGCCAAAGCGCAACAAAUGCCAGUUGCUGAAUCGGAACCUAUACUCAACGACAAGUCUUAUCUUCCCGAGAUCGACAACGAGACCUCUACCAGGCAGCCUCAGACAUCCGAAGACGAUGGGAAGGUCUUCACACUCGCAAGAUCUUCAUCUCCAGGCCUGCAAUAUACAGCCGAUGAGCCAUCGCAAUGCGAGGAAUCUUUUACAGACGAUGAGGCGGCAUUCAGGGAUCUCAACAAUCACAGAGCGCCGUCACCAGCUGCUGGAGGUGUUGUUGCAUCUGGAGCGGCUUCAACAAUCGUGCCCACAGUUCCAUCAUGGAUUGUUGAGGGUUCGCAAUACUCCAUCGGGAUAGACGUAGCCUAUAGCGAAGGUUAUGAUACUGAAUACCCCAGGAACUACGAGCACUAUCUUGCCCAGUUCACCGCUCGGCCUGCAUUUCCUCGAGCAAAGGAGUAUGAGUAUUCCCCAAUGCCAGAGAUGUUGGAUGUUGAGAUAAUAAACCGGCGGUUGAACUGGGUGGUUCCUGACAAUGGCGAAGCUCCCCGGCUUCUAAGAGGAUUGCCAGUACCUCCAUUCCACAUCGAUUCGGAACUGGCUCGUUGUGUCCGUUUUGCGCAGUCAGAUUCACAAAAACGCGUUGAUUGGCGAAUUCACCCCAACCACGUUGCUGAGAUAAUUCAGCGUACCAACUUUUACGGAAUGGAGUUGUUGAUCAGCCGGGGGUUUAUGCGCAUAUCGUGCCCUCCAACCAUAGAUGAGUUUGAGCUAGCUAUGGCAACUCGGCUUGCACAUGCGUCCUUUGGGAAAGAUCCAGUCGCCUACAUUGCGGGCGAUGUGCGAGCCUUGGCAGAGUACCUGGUAGAAGAUAUUCCUUCAGCAAUGAGUCUUAUCCCGAAAGAAGAAAAAGACCACUUCAGCGAUUUUAGCAAGUUUUAUAGAGUGAAACUCGCGGAGAAAUACCCUCCUCUCGAUGCUGUCAGUCUAGCGACAUGGCGUUUACUACUGAAAGGUGAGCUGGGCCAACCUUCACUCAAGGCACAAAGCCUACGAUACGUCAUCGACUCUAUCGAACAGCAAACCACUCAAGCCCUGAGUGACGGAAAGGAUUUACAGUCUCUGGUAGACGAAACAUCUGUUGAAGACGUUCAACCAAAGAACGAAGAUGUAACCAGCCGCGAUUCAUGUGGCGGCUCAGAUCAUGGUAUGAACGGUGGAAAUCUCGAAGAUGGUUUUGGCUGGGCCAUCGGUAAGCGCAACGCGGACAUCUGGAGCCUAGACUGCAUCCAAGCUUGGGAAGACUUCACAGCGAGCCCAGAUUACCAGUCGGAUAACCAAGGAGCUGUUGGAAGUUUUUCUGGUCUCAUCUACGAUAGCGUGGCUGAAGGAACCCUCCAAUCGAUGGCGGACUUGUACUCGUCGCAUACGUUCUGGUCUAACUAG